AAAGAACAAAAGUUUGACUAGCAGUAGCAAGACUGGCUGACAAGAAAAGCAAAUGCGCCUGCGGAGGAGGAAGAAGAGGAAGAAGAAGAAAACGUGGUCGGCUUUCUUCGCAUCAAGCUUCGAAUCUUCGUUUCCUCCCCCCAAUUCAUCCAUCUAAUUCUGCUAAUAUUUAUCUAAUUUAGCGUCGCAGUUUCUGAUUUUAUUUUAUGUAAUUUUCUCCAAUUGAGGAGAAAGGGGAAGCGCUUUGAUCUGGUCAUCGAUGAAGCACUGCACAUUGUUGUUAUUUCUCUGCAUUUUGUUUUUGUUUGGGGCAUUUUCGGGCUCCGCCGGUGACUUUCUGAACUUGAAUAAUGGUGUCAAACGCUACGGCGACAGUUUUCAGGUUGCGGCGCGUCGGUCGUUGUUGUCAGCUACUUCAAAGGGUGAUACGGCUUUAGUGGCUGCUUUGGAUGGUACUAUUUAUCUACUGGAAGUUGGUUCUAUGAGACCACUCUGGUCAUUUUCAUCAGGACCACAAAUUUACUCAUCAUACCAGGCUCCUGUUAGUGAUAAGGAAAAUGCAUCUGGGGUGGAAAGCAAUUACUUCAUUGAUUGUGGGGAUGAUUGGGAACUGUAUGCACACAACAGCCUUGGCAAGCUGAAACUUAUGAAGAGUCUUGAAGAGUAUAUCAGUUCAACACCUCAAAUAGCAGAGGAUGGAGGAAUUGUACUUGGUUCUAAAAAGACAACUGCUUUUUUAGUUGAUGCCAAGACUGGAAGGGUCAUUCAUACAUAUAGGAUGUCAGAUCCUCCAUCCACAACGCAGAGCAGUGUUAAUGAUGUUCCUUAUAAUAUCACUGUCAAAGAGCAGUACCAAUCUGGGUCCAGUCCGAAGACAGAUGAGCUACCACUUUACAUCACAAGGACAGAUUAUAGAUUGACGUCAUUUAUGCCAAAUUCAAAUGAAGUCCUAUGGAAUGUGACUGUUGCUGAAAUUGGGGCUGCUUUUCUUUGUCAAGAUUCACUUGGGUUUAUGCUUUCUGAUUUGGAGUCUUCUGAACCUCUUCCUCAUAAUAUGCCACUUCCAUGUCAGUCAAGAGCGCUUGUGUAUCGCUUCCGUAAUCACAAUAUGUUGGAAACCUUAUCCAUGCUUCACAGGCCACCAGAGGUUCUUCACCCAGAUAUGAUGCUUCCUGCAUCCACGGCUGAUGUCCUUCCUUCACAGCCAAAUGUUGAAAAAGUUCUGGAACUUCUUCCUUUGUCUCGCAGUAGUGAUUUUGGAGGUGCACAUGAUAGCAAGGACCUUAAGGCUGUUCUUCCUUUGCAUACAUUUGGUGAAAAUUGUGGGGUAACUAAUGUGCAUGAAGUGAAAGUGCUUUCUGAUGAUGGUUCUAUAACUCCUCAGUGGGAGUUUGGCACAUCAAAACUCAUUCUUCUUUUUAUUUGUCUUGUAGUCUUUGUUGUCUACCAUUAUAGUGUAGUCUCUACAAUAAAAGUCAACUUGGCUAUGAAGUCCACUGGCAUGAGUUCUCCAAAUACACAAUCAAAAAGGAAGAAAUCUCGCAAAACUGGGAAGGUAGGAAGUUACAAUGUGGAACAAGAUAAACAAGAAGAUGAGGCUCAACACAUUCACAAUGGGGGUGAUAAUAACUUUUUGCUGAACCUCAACCAACCAACUCUGGUUACAGAUGGGCGCAGAAUUGGUAAGUUAGUUGUUUCCAACAAAGAAAUUGGCAAAGGUAGUAAUGGUACCAUUGUUCUUGAAGGGAUUUAUGAAGGUCGUCCUGUUGCCGUGAAGCGCCUUGUUAGAGCCCAUAAUGAUAUUGCCUUUAAAGAGAUCCAAAAUCUUAUUGUGUCUGACUGCCAUCCAAAUAUAGUAAGAUGGUACGGAGUAGAGCAAGACCAAGAUUUUGUUUAUCUUGCAUUGGAACGUUGUGCUUGCAGCUUAAAUGAUCUUAUUCUUAUGCACUUAAAGUCCUCCAGCAACCCAACUCUUGGCAAGAACUUGGAUGCAGAGAUUCCGGCAGAGUUUACCAUCUCUUUGGACUCUAUGAAAGGCUCUAUGCAGGAAUUUGAGUUGUGGAACUCAGAUGGCUAUCCUUCGCAUUUGUUGUUGAAAUUGAUGAGGGAUGUAAUAUCUGGAAUUGCUCAUCUACAUGAAUUAGGAAUUGUUCACCGGGAUCUGAAGCCUCAAAAUGUUUUGAUAAUCAGAGAAAGAUCUCUUUGUGCAAAGCUUUCUGACAUGGGCAUUAGCAAGCGCCUUGUUGGAGAUAUGUCUUCCUUGAGUAAUCAUGCUACAGGCAGUGGAAGUUCCGGAUGGCAAGCACCUGAACAGCUUCUCCAUGGGCGUCAAACGCGGGGAGUUGAUUUGUUUAGUCUUGGUUGUGUUUUGUUUUUCUGCAUUACUGGUGGUAGACAUCCCUUUGGGAAUCGCCUGGAACGUGACAUCAACAUCGUAAAAAGUAAAGUUGACCUUUUCCUGGUAGAACAUAUUCCGGAAGCAGUGGAUCUGAUCUUGCGAUUAUUAGAUCCUAAUGCUGAAAUGAGGCCAAGGGCGCUGGAGGUGCUUUACCAUCCUUUGUUUUGGAAUGCGGAGAUGCGGCUUUCCUUCCUCCGUGAUACAAGUGAUAGGGUGGAAUUGGAAGAUAGGGAGGCUAAUUCGGAUCUCUUGAAAUCAUUAGAAAGCACUGCCCCUGUGGCUUUGGGUGCAAAGUGGAAUGAGAAGAUGGAACCUUUAUUUCUUAAUAAUAUUGGUCGUUAUAGACGUUAUAGGUUUGACAGUGUUCGUGACUUACUAAGAGUCAUGCGUAACAAGUUGAAUCAUUACAGGGAGCUUCCUGCAGAAAUUCAGGAGAUGAUUGGACCGGUACCCGAAGGAUUUGAUAGGUAUUUCAGGAGUCGGUUCCCGAAGCUAUUGAUUGAGGUGUACAAAGUGAUGCUCAAAUACUGCAGCACAGAAGAAUGCUUUUCUAAGUACUUCACUGGCAGUGCACAAUAGCUUUUGCUACUCUGGGGCUUUUGAGUGUCUGGUGUAGAUAUAGCACAGGUCUUGUACAUAAUUUAGCAAAAACUGGCUUGAGUUUCCAAUGAUUUGUGGUUGCUGUCAGAUCCUCUUCUGAGACAACUGCUUUACGGAGAGAAUAGGGUGGACUCUAACCUUCAACCCACAACAUGUCAUGUAUACACCAAGAUAUAAGCUAUAAUAUUAAUAAUUUGAAAUAGUUAGUAUGGCUAAAA